GCUAUUACGUGUGAUUGAUCAGCCUCCAAGUAUAUAGUGUCGCUCCUUCUGCGACAUAGAUACAUACACAAUGGAAUUCCCUCGUGGUGAUGAUCAGGGCCAUACGAAUAUAUUUCGUGCUGUGAAACAUUGCUUACCUGGCCCUUACACUUUCAUUUUAACUGCAAGCAAAGAGUUGCCAAAACAAUGCACUAGGUAUGGGACUACAGCUGGCAAAUAUGCUCACAGGAAGUGUGUUUGCAUCCGAAUUCCUGAUGAUGCCACAUGUCAAUCUCUAUUGGAGAUGAUGGAUUCACCCUUAAUUUCGACCAGUGUCAAAGGGCCAAAGGAUGACGACUGGAUGAUAGAUCCAAUUGUCAUAGCUGAUAGUUAUGGACCAGAGGGCCUUGACUUUGUGGUUGGUGGAGGCAUCAGAGUGGCUGACGCAUCUACUGUGGUUGAUAUGGUGGGACGUUACCCGAAAAUCCUGCGGCAAGGGAAGGGACCUAAAUUGCCCUGGAUGGUGGCUGAAGACGGUUUCGAAGCUGCGGACAGCGAGAAGGAUCGCAUUGCUGGCGCUACUCGAUCUGUGCAUCUUGACCGAUGGUAUGUAUAUUUCCUAAUGCACACUGGGGGCAUCAGGAGUCCUGAUCACGUGUAA